GCUCGCAGAGGAACCGGCGGCUUUGUCUCCCGUGCAGCCCGCGCUUCGGAACCCGGCCACUGCCGACGCUGAAAUGGCUGCGCAGACAGAAGGCGCGCUUGUUAUGAGAGCCAUAAUGAAAAUUAGUAAAGCGGAGGAUGUCCGAAAGGAGACAGAACUGAUGAUGAAGCACCAUGCAAACUGGGAGGAGUAUCUGAUGCCUGGGCCAAUCUCCAUCGCCAUAUUAGGGGAGCUGGCUUGCAUUGCUGCAGAACAAGGAGAUUUUACCAUCAAUAAAGCCCCACCUGUUAGAGGCUAUCAAUAUAUGAGGCACCCAGACUCUUUCCAUGCUUCCCUGAUGCAGGUAAGCAACAGUGGUUGGCAAGCCUUUAACAUCGCUCACAAGAAUAUGGAAGGCAUCCGGCUCCUUUCUCUGAAUGUCCCCGAGCAAAUCAAAAUGAUCGUCCAGACCUUAUUCCAGGAAGAUGUUACAUUGAUAGACGCCUUGCUUCCUGGACAACUAAGCACCCUGAAAUCAACUGCAAAUGAAUGUUCAUCUUUAGCUGCGGCAGUCGAGGAUAAGUUCAAUUAUGUCAUCUGUCUGAUUGGGGAACUCCUGGAAGUGUGUACGAGUUCCAAAUCACACUACGAGAAAGGAUUGGAAGAAACCAAGCGUGCAUUGGAAGACCUGGAGCUAAGAAAGGCAGCAGCUGAAGAGGCAAAGACGAAAGCUGAGGAAUACUACAAUGAAGUAAGGAACAGAGUGACUGAAACGUUUAACGAUUAUAAAAACGCGGUAGAUGACAUUCCUACUGGGUGGAAUGCUGUACUUCUGGAAAUCACUUCAAGUAUAAGAGAAGCCUUGACUAUGCCGUUUAUCGGUAUUGCAUCUUUGUUCAGCGCUGAAGAAAAACAGUCGCUUCCUCCAUCUGACAGCAAAAGUGAGGAACAGUUGGAAAAGGAGGAUGACUUUAUAGCCCUGAACAACAUCUGUGCCCAGUCAGCUCAAAUUAUGGCACUGGGGAACGCUCUUGAAAGUCUGUUGGAUGAUGAAGGUAAUAUUGACAUGGAUCAACUUUACAAUAAGAAAAACCAUGAGAUCAAAACCGUAUGGACCAAAAAUAAAUCUCAGCAACUGUUAGAAAAGAUAACUAAAGAAGACAAGUGCAGGGUCAAGAACUUGGCAAUGAAAAUAUGCCAGAAGAUAAUGGAUAUUUCUGAUAUCUUGACUCAAGCAGCAGAGUCAGGGAAACAAGAAAACAAGAAAGAUCUUAAAAAGAAAAUGAAAAUUCUCUUGAAAACUAUCCAAAUUUUCGAUAGCAGAAGCAAAUCAUGUACCCGCACGUCACCUUUUGGUCCCGUGGCACCAAAUAUGGCAAAAUCCCAGGAAGAUGUUCAAGGAGAUUCAACCAUGGCAGUGAAAAAUAGCCUUUUGAAAAUAGAGCAAACUAAACAAAUGCUGAAGCUGAGUCAAGAAGAAUACCAGAAGAGUUUUGACAACUUAAAGGAGCAGAAUAAGGAUUUGUUGGAUGUGCUCAAGGAAAUGAGGAAUCGUGAAACAAGGGAGAUUGAUUUUGAAACAGCCAAAAAGAUGCUGAUCAAAGGGUUGGAAGCCUUGGGAAGAGUGAAGCAGCAGUGGGAGAAGAUGGUGUGUUUCUUCCAGAUGAUCUCUAGCCUCAUUGACUCCUGCCUCAAUCAGCGCCUUAGAGGAUUCAUACAAUCAGCUGAGAAUCUUCCCCAAAUUCCAAAUUAUUCCCACAAAGACUUUGUCACAGAUAUGAUCUAUAAGCAGGCAUUCAAUGUGUCCAACAUAGCUCACUUAGUGCACAUGAUAUCUGACACUUACACAGAAGUAUCUUCAAAAUACCUGAUGGAUAAUGUAAGCAGCCUGGGUAGGCUCCUUGCCAUGCAGUCUUCCGAUCCCCAAUUCUUGACGCUGCGUAAUGACUUAAGAAAAAGUUGCGAUGAUGCCCAAAAAGCCAUAGAAGACACGGUCAUUAAGCAAAGGAGAGAAUUUGAAUGUAGUGUCUAUGCCAGAGUGGAAAAAAUUUCUUCUGAGCUGAAUGGUGUCUUGCCAGAAGUGACCGAAGCAGAGAGAAAAGCGAUCGAAGAUAAUGUACAGAAGGGGAUGAGGGAAAUCAACGAGGACGAAGCUGAUCAGUUCGUAUAGACGUGUCUUUCAACCCAUGAGAGAAACUGAGGAAGCCUAGUGUCAGAACCUGCAUCAAUCAAAUGUCAUUUUUAAAAGUUAUAGCAGUCAAUGGAUGUUUGCUUGAUUUGAUUCUG